AUGAUGGAGCAGCCCACCCCCAUCACUAAGACGGAAAAUGAUGAUGAAAUGAAAUCAGUUCCAUUGGAGCCCGAUGCUAAAGAUCCGAAUCCGGUGGCUGGAACCGGCCCCGACCCGAAGCCCGAUGGCGGUGCUGCAUUAAAGCCACCGGAUAAAGCCGAUAUAAAUGGCCGCGGUAGCAGCGCUGACGGGGAUUCCAAGGGGAAGAAUAGCGCUGCGGAGGAGAGUGUUACUACUGACCCGGCGGCGGAGGGUUUGAAAACGAAGAAAUCGGUGCGGUGGAGCCAGGAGCUGGUGAUGGAAAAGCCGAUCCCGAGGGAUUCCGAUAGCGGAUCUGGCAAUCCGUACGUCAAUUACUCGCCAGCGCCCGCCGCUAAUUCCUCAUCGUUCAAUUUCAAAGAAACUAUGGGCAGUGUGAAGGAUGUGUUGGGGAAAUGGGGGAAGAAGGUUGGAGAAGCAACCAAAAAGGCCGAGGAUCUUGCCGGGAACACUUGGCAGCACUUGAAAACAAGCCCUAGUCUGGCGGAUGCUGCUCUAGGAAGAAUUGCUCAAGGAACAAAGGUUCUAGCUGAAGGUGGUUACGAAAAAAUAUUUCGGCAGACAUUUGAGACAGUUCCUGAGGAGGAGCUGAUGAAUUCAUUCGCGUGCUACUUGUCAACAUCAGCUGGUCCUGUCAUGGGUGUUUUGUACGUCUCCACUGCAAAGCUUGCAUUUUGUAGUGAUAACCCGCUUUCUUACCAAGAUGCAGAUAAGACUGAGUGGAGCUAUUAUAAGGUUGUUAUCCCAUUGCAUCAAUUAAAAGCGGUGAAUCCUUCAACAAGUAGAACCAACCAAUCUGAAAAAUACAUCCAGAUCAUAUCGGUCGAUAAUCAUGAAUUUUGGUACAUGGGCUUCUUAAAUUACAACGGGGCUGUAGAAUGCUUGCAGCACGCCUUACAAGCUCGUGAGAAUCAAGCAGUGUAA